AUGGCUGACCCGAGCCCGUCGCAGGCAACGCACGAGCAACACAAUCCUUCGAGUUCCGAGGCCUCGUACAAUCAGUACCACGAUCCGACCCAAGAUCUGUUCUGGCCUGAGCCUGUGGAUGAUUCUGCUUCCAAUUCCUCUUUGCUCUCACAAUCCGAGCCGCAGCCCCAGCCUCAACCUCCGCCUCUAAAACAUGUUGUCAAGAGACGUCCCGUCAAACCCCUAAGUUCCCAAUCCCCUCCGCCGUCCUCUGUCACGAAUACCGAACCGGUUCUCUCACCUAUAAUCCCGUCUCCGCUGCGCAUUCGUAAACCCAAGGUUUCGUCCCCGCAGCUGCCGAUGCGCUCGGUACGCCUUCUCAUCGCCUCUUUGGGCAACCCUCCCCCAUAUCAUUCGACACGACAUUCGGCAGGGCACAUCCUCUUGAAACAUCUUGCUGCGCACUUGCGCCUCCCGCCGCUCGCAAAGUCAAAGCUUCUCGGCUCCGGCCUUGUUAGUGCUGGUGCCGACGUGGGUCGCGAUGAAUACACCCUCUGGCAAAGCGGAAGCAUGAUGAAUGUUUCUGGGCAGGGCACGUUAAAAGCAUGGAAACAAUUCAACAGUCUGCAUCCUGCAUCUGAUGACACCGUGACAGCACUGGUCAUCCUGCAUGACGAGCUUGAGUCUUCAUCUGGCACGAUAAAGCUGCGCCGGGGUGAAUCUUCACCCAAGGGCCAUAACGGAAUCAAAUCAGUGCAGUCAUCCUUGAAAUCGGCCGGUUUGUUGCCGGCCAUGGGCGACAGGUUCAUCAAAAUCGGCAUCGGCAUCGGGCGUCCGUUGUCGAGAGAGAAAGAUGAUGUGAGUGCGUGGGUGCUUGGACAACUGACACAUGUGGAGAAAAGCAAGAUUGAGGCAGCGGCGGAAAGUUUGGUUGCUGUGAUGCAGAGUGAGAUUCGGAGGCUGGAGAGCUCGUGA